CAAUGAGUUUGGCUAUGGCAAAUAUAUGUCGGGCGUGUUUGUUGAAAAAGCAGUUUAAAGAGCUUUAUGAUUGGUAUAUGCCGAUGGACGACAUCAAUGAACCACUAACGUUAAUGGAAUGCUUUCAAUUAUGUACACAACUGGAUGUAAAUAAGACGUCACCAAAAUCCCAAAUGAAGAUGCAUUACUUAUGCAAGGACUGUGUACAUGAGCUAAUAAAUGCAUUCAGAUUCAUAAGAAAAGCACAAAAGUCUGAUCAGGAGCUAUGUAGACAUGGCACUGGAUGUAAGAAUCAAUCAGAACGUUUCGAGUGGAUAAAUAUGCAAGAGUACGAUGAUUCCAGUCGUUGCGAAUCUGAGCAAGUAUCAUAUGAAGAGCAUUUAGCUAUUGAAUACUUAAUUGAAGAACAAAGAGAAGCUCACGAUUUAGACACUUUGAAUAGUUCCCCCGAAAAUCGGCAGUCUACAAACAACAACAACAACUCGGAGAAUUAUUUACUCACGGAAAUGGAAGAAACAGAAUUAUGGCAUUUAAAGAAUUCCAAAAAGAAUGAAUGUUUAGAGGAACGCCUCAAAUAUAAACCCAACAGCAUCGAUGAUCCGGAAAAGGAAUUAUCACGAAUGGCUCCAGAAAUAGGUAAGCAAAGUGCUACCAACGCAUGUGGAGCAUCUUCUAUGAUUAUUUGCGAAUACUGCAGUAAACCAUUAAAGGGAAAUCAAUACAAGCGACAUAUAUCUCGGUUUCACUCCAAAAAUGAACAAAUCAUGCUUUGUUACGCAUGCCCGUCUACCUUUGAAGAUGCAGUUGGAUUGAAGAGGCACGAAGAGACCCAUCAGGCGAAUAGAAAGAGGUCUAUAAGUUGCAACGAGUACCAGCGAAAAUUUUUUACUCAAAAUGCAUACAAAACCCACAUCAAAACUCAUGAAGAAAACCGGGAACCCCAAUUCAAAUGUGACCAGUGCGAAAAAUCUUUCUUUUACAAAGGCGGUCUAAAGCUUCAUAAACAAUGUCAUACUGGGCUUUCGUUGAAAUGUAAAGUUUGCUCAAAGCAGUAUCCGCGGCCUGUUGAUCUUGAAAUCCAUCUAAGAAGUCAUUCUGGUGAACUACCAUACAAGUGUCCGAAAUGCAACAAAUGUUUCAAGUAUGUUCAUGUUUUGAAUAAGCACGUCCGGCAUCAUGAAGGUCAUCGUUAUAAAUGCAACUUGUGUGGAAAAGAGUACGCUCAUCAAUCAACAAUGCUACAGCAUCGUAAAGAGCACACAGGCUUACCAUUGCGAUGCUCUAUAUGCGACAAGGGAUUUGUAAAAAAAUCAAAGAUGCGACGCCAUAUCGGCGGCGUUCAUAAAGUGACGGAUGUCGAGGAAAUCGAUCAGCUUAUUGUAAAAGUAAAAACAAAAAGCAUUUACCGGGGACGUGUAACGGAAAUAUAAUUAUUAAAAACAUUAUAAUAAGUUUAGAUUUCAAUUACAUUUAUUUAUUCUCAAACAUAAGUAUCAAUUAAGUUUAACCAACAUUUCUUCUAUGUCGUUUACCACAUCUCCACCGCUAUCUUUUACUUCAAUCUCUUUCAUAACACUGUCCGCUU